AUGAAGAAAAGUCGGCUAGUCGCGAAAAAUGGCUUAUGCAAUGUAUUUAAUACGAAUGUGCCCAAAAAGGAUAGGCAAUACCUCAGGGAUAUUUUUACGACUAUGAUUGAUGUGAAAUGGAGAUACAUGUUGUUUAUAUUCGCUCUUGUCUUCGUGCUGAGGUACAUUACAACAGAAUGUCCUCUUGCUGGUUUCACUGUAUGUCUACAGGCCGUCUGUGGCCUAUUAAUACAAAGUUUCAUGGUUGGAUUAGUUUUUGCAAAAAUGGCAAGACCAAAGAAGAGAGCCGAAACAAUAAUUUUUAGUGAGAAAGCCGUCAUCUGCCUCCGAGAUGGCCAACUGUGUUUCCUGUGUCGAGUAGGUGAUAUGAGGAAUACACAUCUAGUCGAAGCUCAUGUCAGGUUACAAUUCAUUUCUGACCGAGAAACUGCUGAGGGAGAGAUUGAGCCUCUCCAUCAAUUUGAAAUGAAAGUGGGCCCCACAAUUGCGGACGACGAUCGACUUUUUUUGGUUUGGCCCACAACGCUUUGCCACGUAAUCAACAAGGAUUCACCUCUUUAUGAGUACACAGCCAAUUCUUUGCUAUCGGCACAAUUCGAGAUCAUUUGUCUCCUGGAGGGAAUUGUAGAAUCGACGGGCAUGACAGCACAAGCGAAAACGAGCUAUUUACCAUGUGAGAUUUUGUGGGGCCAUCGUUUUCGCAAGUUGGUAACAUAUCAGAGGAGCAAUGGUUCCUACCAAAUUGACUAUAAUCUUUUCAAUAGCACUUAUGCAGUGAAGACACCACACUGCAGCGCUAUGGAACAUUAUGCUCAAGACUAUAAUCCAAAGGAUUACUUCUGUCACUAUAGCAAUGAGCAUAAACUGGAAGAUACGCGAUCCUGGGAGUCGAGCCCAGCUCCAUCGCCUUCGCCGUUCAAUCACUCUGUCCACCAUCUUUACCCUAACACUUGCAACAAUAAUAGUGAUAAUAAUAAAAGUAGUAGCGAGUCGGAAUCUCUGUUGGUGUCUCCACCAACAAUUGUUGUUCAAUGUCCUUCAUCGUGUUCGUCACCGAAUCAUUCGACUCAACGAUCGUUUGAUGUUCGCCCUCUCAUCUCUACCUUGUCAGAUAGCUGUCGAUCUGGAAGCAGUCUAUCAACAAGGCCUAGCACUGUCCUCUCUGAUCUCGAAGAAGAAUGUACGGAACAGAGUUCGCCCACUUCACGAAAUAUGGUUCAAGUGUCGAUGUGAUCCAUCUACAUUCUUAUUCCAUUCAGGAAAAAGCUCAGUAGUGGCACUACUCUCCGUUAUUUCUUUUUAUCGUCUUCAAGUGAUUCGCUACAUCUCACAAAGUCUUUUUGAUGUGAUUGUACUUUUGUGAUUUAUUCUUUAUGGUUUAGUCAUCACUCUUUUUUGUCUAGAAGAUCUCUGC